AUGGGUGACAAAAGCUUUCACAUGGUGAUGUACCCAUGGUUUGCCAUGGGCCACCUAACCUCAUUCCUGCACAUCUCCAACAAACUUGCUGAGAGAGGCCACAGAGUCUCUUUCUUCUUGACAACAAAAAUUCAACCAAAGCUAGAGCCUUUCAAUCUGCACAAAAACUUCAUUUCAUUCAUCCCCAUCACCCUUCCACAUGUAGAUGGCUUCCCUCCCGGUGCUGAAACAACCGCAGAUGUUCCCUUCCCUUUGCAUUCCCUCCUCAUGACUGCCAUAGACCUUACGGAACCAGCAAUCGAAGCUUCUCUUAGAGAAUUUGAACCGGAUUUCGUAUUCUAUGAUUUCACUCACUGGUUACCAGCAUUGGUAGGCCGGCUAGGCAUCAAGGCCAUACAUUAUUGCACAAUUAGUCCAGCAGCUAUAGGGUAUCUGCUAAGCCCAGAAAGAAAACUCAAUGAGAAAACAUUGAUGCCGACCGAUCUUAAGGCGCCUCUGCCGAGUUUCCCACCUUCAUUGAUCAAGCUAGGUGCCCAUGAAACCAAACAACUUACCUUUGUAACAGUGCAAGAGUAUGGCAGAGGCAUAUCAUUCAUGGAACGUCAAGAGAUCUCUAUAAAAGAUUCUGAUGCCAUUAGUUUCAAAGCUUGUAGGGAGAUGGAAGGGCCUUACUGUGACUAUGUUGAAAGACAAUUUAGAAAGCCUGUGAUUCUUGCAGGGCCAGUAGUGCCAGAGCCACCAACUUCAGCAUUAGAUGAGAAAGGGGCAAAGUGGCUGGACAGUUUCAAGGAAAAAACUGUGAUAUUUUGUGCAUUUGGAAGCGAAUGCAUUCUAAAGAAGGAUCAGUUUCAAGAACUGGCUCUGGGUUUUGAGCUAACAGGCAUGCCUUUUUUCACUUCUCUAAAACCACCAAUGGGUACUGUAGAAACAAUUGAAUCUGCAUUGCCAGAAGGGUUUGAACAGAGGAUAAAGGGAAAAGGGGUUGUUCAUGGGGAUUGGGUUCAGCAGCAAUUGAUUCUGAGGCACUCCUCUGUGGGGUGCUUCGUGACACAUUGCGGUUCAGGUUCUUUGUCUGAAGCGAUGGUGACUGAGUGCCAAUUGGUGCUGCUGCUACACUUUAGGGAUCAAUUUAUCAAUGUGAGACUUGUUGGAAAUGGAAGAGAAUGCUCAAACUUGGAGAAAAAUCAACUUAACUCCGCAUUAGAAUGCAUGUACAUUAUAUAUACUAAGUCAGUUUGA